AUGGAAUGGUGCAAUCAAAGUACAUCGAUUAAGUACUUAUUCAAGUACAUCGACAAAGGUUACGACAGAAUCACCGCUGCCAUUGUACCGAAUGAUGAUGGAACUUCCAACCAGCCGCAGAAUAUUGAUGAGAUCAAACAGUAUAUUGAUUGUAGGUACGUUUCUCCGAGUGAAGCAUCUUGGAGGAUAUUCUCCUUUCCAAUCCAUGGUAGAAAACCAGCUGUUGAGAGACUGUACUUUCAUUGUGAAGGUCAAAAUUCGGUAUAUUACACUAAUUUUGAUCGUAUCAAUACAGUUCUGGAAAAACCAAGUGUAACUGAAUCGAUGUUUACAUCAUGGUUCGAAGCAAAUUGCAAGUAUCCUGAAGCACAAAAUUUAACUUACAGCAAAUUUGUUUCAAAAUUUGUUUAUGUUAAGAAAAAAAGAGAAUGGAAACCCCGUCAAAAAGGUUACACAAUUGGUAGGCUUAUAUGGGUUCCUCCAACAACUGGCGAAUUGUACUAUCUUAGAUUGAUGCUCACACAUGUCAAAGGCCCCCGCAGUUAUAAUGAUAUAAAAACAGUGAAUAACAUAAAAUAUGAUACUUUCCAGGAUGCCUGUUUUGCUAUGGGCAGCAUUAACAGGCCAAGACAUGUAUGGAGUAAAACAUGUCAUCUCUUAGCUGAUGGAAUACUAUAUGCUCAACAGCGAAUUGCAAACAAUAGAGGUUUGAGGUUGUCGGAUGAAGAGAUAAUGAAUUUAACAUUAAUUGAGAUUGAACGAAAUCUUCAAAGGAAGAGCCGAAGUCUAAAGGAAUUUGCUGGAAUGCCUUAUCCAAGUGGAUAUGUGGUUGAGCAGUUGGGAAAUAAGCUCAUAUACCAAGAGCGGAGUUACAAUCCAGCCGAACAAUUGCAAGAAUACAAUAAUUUGUUCUUAAAUCUUACAGCUUCACUACUACUUCCAGGAGGUCGAACGGCUCAUUCAAUGUUCAAGAUUCCAAUACCUACAAUGGAGUCUUCUACAUGUAAUAUCGACAAAGGUAGUGAUCGUGCAGAGCUACUAAAAAUGGCAAAGUUGAUAAUUUGGGAUGAAGCUCCAAUGGCACACAGAUUUUGUUUUGAAGCGUUUGAUAAAACCCUUAAAGACAUAAUGGGGCGUUCCAAUUGUUCUGACAAAUUAUUCGGAGGGAAAGUAAUUGUAUUUGGUGGAGAUUUUCGGCAAAUAUUACCAGUUGUACCAAGGGGCAGCCGUUCAGAUAUAAUACAUUCUACAAUAAAUUCAUCAUACAUCUGGGAUCAUUGUGUUGUGCUGAAGCUUACAAAGAACAUGCGACUCCAUCAAGCCGGCAAUACUUCAAGUACAUCUGAAUUAGAAUUGUUUUCUAAUUGGAUAUUAAAAGUUGGUGAUGGGAAAUUGGAAGAACCUAACGAUGGUUACACGGAUAUUCCUAUUCCAAAUGAUUUCUUAAUUUCUAACUAUGAUGAUCCACUAGAAGCCAUUGUUAGUGAAACAUAUCCGAAUUUUCUUAACAAUUACAAGAAUCCAGAAUUUUUGCAAUCAAGAGAUAUAUUGGCAGGAACAAUUGAAACGGUUGACAUCAUAAAUCAAUACGUUUUGGGAUUCAUACCAGGUGAAGAAAAGGAAUAUUUAAGUUCAGAUUCUGUAGACACUUUUGACGGUGAAGGAAAUGAAGCUUUUGAUGUUUUGACCCCGGAAUUUUUGAAUACACUUACAACUUCCGGUCUACCUAACCACAAGAUUAAAUUGAAGAUUGGGACCCCUAUUAUGUUGCUUCGAAACAUUGAUCAACCUGAAGGUCUCUGCAAUGGAACAAGGCUUAUAGUUACAAGAUUGGCAAACCACGUUAUCGAUGCAAAGAUUAUAUCUGGAAAGAAUAUUGGAGGGGUUAUCUAUAUUCCAAGAAUGGAUAUGACUCCAACACAAUCUCCGUGGCCAUUCAAAAUGACUAGAAGGAAAUUUCCCAUAACUAUAUGUUAUGCUAUGACAAUUAACAAAUCUCAAGGUCAGUCAUUGGAUUAUGUUGGAUUGUAUUUUCCUAGAAGUGUAUUUAGUCAUGGUCAACUAUAUGUUGCAAUAUCAAGGGUCAAAAGCAAAAAAGGGCUUAAGAUAUUAAUCCAUGACAAGGAUAACCAUCCAUUGAAUUCUACAACAAACGUCGUGUUCAAAGAAGUUUUUGAAAACUUAUAG